CGCUCCGUGAAGGUCCAGCCUCAGGAAGCGCCAAACAGCACCCUCCCGUUUCCACAUGCACAGGAGCGCACCAGUGCUCUGCAGGAGGAGGAGUGGAGAUGCACGCUGACUGAGAGCUGAGAGCUCCAGUGUCCCGCUCCGCGAGAAGAAAAGAAGCACCUUGCGCGAGUCUGCUAAAGAAGGGCAAGAUGAUGACUUCUUUGUCACAACUCGGUUCUCUCUCAGUAUUCGCCAUGUGUUUGGAUUAAGUUUCCGCGUCAUCUUUGGAGGUGGAGGGACAAUCUGCUUUGGGGGAAAAUGUGGACAACAGUAGGCUGCCGUGGAUGAUGAUGUCCCACAAUGAAUGCAGAUUUUCAGAAUCCACUGCAAGUCCCUCGACCAAAGGUCCGCAGUCAUCUCACCAUCAAAGUGCAGUCCAAGCUGAUGUCAAAACCUUAUCCUCCUAUUCAUGGACCAAAACCCCCUGUCGCUCCCAAGCCCAGACCCCUGUAUCAACCUCACCCACAUGGAGAGCCCAGCCCUCGACAGAGUCUUUCUAUCAGUAACGGAGAACUGGAUCACUCCGAUGGGGAGAGCGGGGAUCUCCAUGAAAUAGCAGAGGAGAAUCACAAAGAGGAGAAAAAAGAGGCAGAGGAAGGGGUUAGUGACUGUGGCGCAGGAGGAAAUAAAGAGGGGUUAGCAGAAGGAGAAUCUGUGGUGGGAACAGAAAAAGAAGAAAUAUUAGAUGAAGAUGGGGAUGUAGACAGCGUAGGCUCCGAGGACACAGUCAAAGCUGAUGAUUUGAUCAACACUACUGAAGAUGAUAACACUGACAAUGACGUGAUUCAGCCUGAAGCUGGUGACCACACAGAUGAUGAAAAUGCAUCAACACCUCCACUUCCUUCAACUGAACCAGAGGAUGAAGCAGGGCAUGAGGAAGAGGAGGGACAGCAAUCAGCUAAAAAGACUGAAGAAUUUUGUUGUCCUGCAGGGCAUUCAGAUGAAAAUGCAGAAAGAAAAAACCUUAAUCAAACACAGUCCAGUUAUGGUGAUGAGAACAAAGAUAAUGGACCUAAUGAAGCACAUAUUGAGCAAAGUGAAGAUAUUCAUGGUUGCUUAGUCACAAAUGAGACUGAAAUCGAAGCUGGAGGUUUUGCUUUUGGAUUCAGUGUGCUUCCAACUGUAACUGAGGAAUAUCCCUACGAUGUGAUUGGCCCCACAGAUGAUGCUAGUGAUACAUGUGAAUCAUGUGACCCAGCCGAAACAGGGGAUACAGAGGUUUGGCAACCAGAAAGAGCCACCAAGGAUGUCUCUGGCUGUUUCCGAUUUACAGCCAGUACUGAGGAUGUGUUCGGGCCUUAUUCUGUCAUUGGGGCUGUUCCAGGAAAUCUAAGUGGCACUGCUGACCCUGAGUGGAAUCCAGAUGAUGAUGAUGAUGAUAAAACCUCAGCUGCAAAUGAAGCUGAAACACAAGAUGCCUCAAACCAGGAACCGUACUAUGUGUCAUCAGAUGACGUGGACAAACUCGAAGACAAGCAAGCCCACUCACAAGAGUCUGAGGAGGGGGCAGAACUGUCUAAUGACAAAGCAAAAGACAAUGACUCAGCAGAUGAAUAUGCAGAUAUUGACGAUUCGCUCUGCCCAAAAGCCGAAAACUUUGAUCAAUCUGAAUGUGUCUCAUCUGAGGAUUAUGUCGAGAUAGGUGAUGAGGAUGAAGAGGAGGAUACGGGAAAGAAAAAUAUCAGAGUAAAAACUGCAAAAGAGAGGACAGCUAUGCGAGAGCAGGCUUUCCGCAGCCAGAGAAAAAGCUGCCAACCUCGCCUCAGGUUGUGCAACAUCACAGUGCCAGCAGACCUAGACCUAGGCCGCACCCCAGAGCUCACCAACAGGGUGGUGUUUGCCCACACCACUGAGGCCUUUGAAGAAGACAUUGAAGAACUGGACUGCCAUAUUGUGCCUUACUAUGAAGACACAGACUCAGACAGUGAAGAACAUAUAUAUGAAGAGGCUGGGUUUGACUCGGAAGGAGAGAACUUUUUGGCACUUGAUCGAAAGACUAUUGUCACCAGAUCACGAUCCUAUUCUGGAAAGAUUCCAGGUUAUGUCCCAGAAACUGUACCAGAAGAAACUGGGACAGAAUACCAGACUAAUGACUACUGCACUGUAGCCUUGGAUAAGAACAGUGAACCUCUCAGCCAAUCACAGCAGCCAGGAGUCAACUCUGUUCCAUCUGUGAAGUCUCGUCGCUUCCUGCUAUACUCUCGGUCUGCAGAGGGUCCAGAAUUGUCGUCGACCACCUCAACAGAGAAGGACCACUUGGUGAAAGAUGAGAUCAGGAUAAAGAGGAAGGAUGACACCCUUUCCCUUCCAUGUGUCAUAACCUCUUCUGGAAGCUUCUCUCAGCGUAGCCAUCAGUCAUCCAGCGGCAUUUCCACACCAACAUCUCUAGUGGACAUACCUCCACCUUUUGAGCUAGCAUACAUCACUAAAAGACCAGUGACUAAGAGUUCACCAGCCCUCCUGGUCCAGCAUGAACCCAGUGAAAUACCUAAGAAGAAGAAGACCUCAAUCAAACGCUUUCUGGCAUUCAAGUUCAAGAAGAAGACAGAUUCAAAGGGUUUUAGUGAUGGAAGUGUUCGCUCCUCACGCUCUUCUUCUGAGUCCAGCCACCACGGCCCUUUGAGAGUCAUAGAGCUUGAUCGCAGAAGCACUGGCAGCUCUCCCCAACUUCAGUCCCGCAUGGUGAACCCCCAGCAGCACCCGUCAGACCUCCCAUCUACCUUUGUCCUCUACAAAGACCACCUUAGGAGAAAGGGAGACCCUAAAGCUUUUGGCAGGAGUGUCUCCAGAGUGGAGUCCUUUGAGGAGCGCUCUCGCCGCUCUGUCAUGCCGCUACCUUUGACCAAACCUCGUUCCAUCUCAUUUCCCAGUGCAGAUACCUCAGACUAUGAAAACAUCCCAGCCAUGAGCUCAGACUAUGAGAACAUCCAGAUUCCAGGAAGACCUGCCAGAUCCCACACAGUUACAGAGUUUUUUGAGAAUCCAAGCCGCACAGCAGCUCUUUGCAAUGAAAAUGAUGGCUACGUGGAUAUGAACAGCUUCCCUGGGAUUGACAGCAAGCUCCAGUCAUCAAAAACAGACACUGAAAGUGCCUACACAGAGCCUUUCCCAAUGAACCCCACCUCUGCUGGGCAGUUAGCAGAUGAGGACCACGGGCGAACCUCAGAGGAGGAAGACGGGAUUGGAGAGCAAGGUUAUGACCGGCAGAUUGAUGGUCGAUCUCGAGCGUUCUACAUCGCCAAAGAGCUUGUCGACUCAGAGAGAGCACACGUCGGCGUCCUCAAGCACAUUCAGGAGGACUUUAGGUCAGCAGUGAUUGAGGCAGUGGAUGAGGAAGGGAAGCCGGUCUUGGAGGAGCAGAGGUUGAGUGAGAUACUGGGUGUGCUCCCGCAGGUCUACAGCCUCCACAGCAGCAUCUUAACUGAGCUGGAGGAGCGUGUUAGUCAGUGGGAGGAGAGCCAGAAGAUGGUGGAUGUCAUCUUGUGCCGUCGUGAGGAUUUUGGGGUGUUUGACACUUACAUCUCCGAUUAUGACCGCAGCAUGUCUUUACUGGAGGAUAGCUGCAGAAACAACCCGGCUUUUGCAGGCAUCGUCAAGAAAUUUGAGACAAAAGAUCAAGAAGAAACUGAAAUCCCAAUGAAGCACCAGCUGCUACAGGUUGUAGUGAGAGUACUUCAGUAUCGAAUGCUACUCACAGAUUACCUGAACAACCUCUCCCCUGAUUCUAAAGAGUAUGAGGACACCCAGGCUGCCUUGGUGAUCGUGUCCGAGGUGGCAGACCUGGCCAAUGACAAUCUGAAACAGGGGGAGAACUUGUUGCGUCUGGUCCACAUAGAGUACAGCAUGAAGGGAAAAAAGGACCUUCUAAAGCCUGGAAGGAUUUUUGUCAAAGAGGGCACACUCAUGAAGGUCUCCAGGAAAAGCAGGCAGCCGCGACACUUGUUUCUGAUGAACGACAUAAUGCUGUACACCUUCCCUCAGCAGGAUGGGAAAUACAGACUUAAAAACACCCUAUCCCUGUCAGGGAUGAAGGUGAACAAACCUGUACUGGACAACGUGCUAAACUGUCUGAGGAUUGAGGUGUCUGACAUCACGAUUACUCUCUCCGCCAGUUCCGUUGGAGAACGGGAGGACUGGUUCCACACUUUAAGUCGAGCCAUCGCAGACCAUGCUGCAGGACUCUGCACAUUCGGCGGACCUUGCAGUGAGGCCCGUGAGAAACUGUGGAUGGCCCUGGGCGAAGCUGCGCCAGUGCUGGUGCCAGUUUCUCACGUGAUGAUGUGCAUGAACUGCACUUCUGACUUCAGCCUCACUCUCAGACGCCAUCACUGUAAUGCCUGUGGCAAGGUGGUAUGUCGAGCUUGUUCGAGAAACAGAUACCCUCUGAAGUACCUCAAAGACAGAGUGGCCAAAGUGUGUGACCACUGCUAUGUUGAGCUCAGGAAAAGAGGUGGCAGCGUUUCAGGGGCGUGUGGUAGUUCCAGCCCUCGGACUAACCGGGCCAGUCGUCCCCUCUCCGCUGUCUUCCAGAGUCUGCAGCCCCCGAGUCUAUGGAAAUCCAGAAAGAGCACCUCCAAUCUCAGUCAGGUGCCACUUGGUGUGGAGGGCUCCACCAUGAGCGGAAGCCUGCAACGUCGGAAGAAGAGCAAGCGAAGGUGGAAAAGACUGUGGUUCCUCCUCAAAGAUAAGGUGCUCUACACCUUCACAGCCCGUGAGGAUAAAGUGGCUUCAGAAAGUCUACCUCUGCAGGGCUUCACUGUCAAGCUGACUGAAAGAUCGGAUGGAGAAGAAAGCAGUAACGUCUUUCACUUGUACCACAAGAAAACGCUCUACUACAGCUUCAGAGCCGAUGAUCAACACACUGCACGCAGAUGGGUCAACGCCAUGGAGGAGGCUACAGUUUUAUAGCACCUGCUCCGUUACAUGAAUAACCCCUACCAUUUGUGGCUGCUGGAACUCCUCUGUGGAGCACAACAAAACUAUCUGCUGCAAACUACCAUCAUCUAAGAUUUAUCACAUCUGCCCUGUACAUGGAUAAUAAGACAAGCAAAGCAUGGCAAAUCAUCAAGUUGAGGCUGCCAUCUAGUGGCAGGAAGGUGAGAGAGAAAAGUCGGAGGGGUUUUACUCAGUGAAGAGGAGUAGAAACAUAUAAAAGGGAUGAACUUUACGCAUGAAGACUCUUUUGUUCCCCACACAUGAUCUAACACAGCAGCCUUCAUUUUUCACAAGCAGCUUGAAUAAACCUGGAUUUUUUUUCUCUGUUUAAUUUUUUACAAGAACAGCCGUCCCACUAAAGUGUUCUAACUUUGUUGUGUUUUUAUGGAGAGAAAUUAUUGUCAAAUAAAUGAGUUGAUCAGCAACUGAAAAUAUGAGGAUUUAUAAAUAUUUCUAAACAUAUUUAAAGACAUUUGUAUGCACCAAAACCUUUCAAAUAAAAAUAAAAAAUAUAUAGACCUGUGAAAUGAAAAUAUCACGUUAUAGGCAGAUUUAUUGUUAUUAGUUCUAAGCUUAUACACAUCUGCAAGUCUUAUAUUUCAUUUGCUGAUCAUCUAAAGAGACAUUUGUGGCUAUUUGAAGACUAAUUCUCUCAUUUCUGUCUUUUACAACUGAAUUAUUAAACUACUUUUUCUGCAGGAGCAAAUCACAUCACAUCCUUUGCAGCGAUGCACGAACCUGUCAGCAUCACUUUUGAUGCUCAUAUCUUGCAAAAAAGGAGGAAACUAUUUGCCACCAUUUUACUGAUGUGUGGUUUUCUGGAUAUAUGUUGUGAAGUAUAAACCACAGGUAUUGAAGUCAAAUAUAUGAUUUAUUUGUAUAGAAAUGGUGUUACAUGAUGCUCUGAGUAAAGGUUCAUUGUAAUCAUUAGUGUAUGUGAACAUUAUAUCCCUUGUGGAGUUUUACUCAGUGUUACUCUUGAAUUUAAUCUAAAAAAAGACCCUCAGCAUGCCAGUCGUUCAAAUACAUUUCUUUAAUGAUGAACACUUUCAAAGACACUUUCUAGUUUGUAGGUUUUUAAAUCUUUUUUAUAUUUGCCAUACUGUUCAGAAGUGCCGAUUUUUUCCUCCAACUGAAUGCAGUGCAAUUUGCAAUUAAUGAUGAAUGUGCCUGAAAUUAAAUUGUACUCUUCGUUCUUUGUGUUAUCACAGUACUGUAUGGACGGAUCUGUUCUUUUUCAUGCCUCUUUCUUUUAAAUCGACUCUUACAUGCUGUACUCUUCUACUAUUGUAAACUGUUACUCUCCGGAAACAUAAGAAUAUAGUAUUGUGACAUUUUUUAUUGGCAUCUUUUAUUGCUUAGCUGGGAGAACACUGGAAUUGUAUUCAUUUUUUUACUACUCUACCAUAAGAGAUAUCAAUAUUUUCUCUUAAAUGAUCAACAUGAAGCCAUUACAUUUUCCAUUAGGAAUGCAGCUAUACUACACGUCGUUAUUUCUACAAAAUACACGUUUGUUUAUUGAGUUCUAUUCAGCUUUUCUAUGUGUUUCCUAUGAUUCACACUUACAGCGUUAUUAUUAUGGGUUGUACUUCGGGCAAAUAGUGCACUGUAAAUGUUCAUGUACAUAGAUGCAUAUUAAGAAUAAACAGCUUUUAAAAAGUUUA